AGAACAACAAAAAUAUUACUAAAUAAAACACUCACCUAACACAUGUAACCAACGAAAGGGCAAAAUUUAAAAACAAAGCCAAUGUGAUUACGAAGACUUGAGUUAGAAGCGUAAGCGUUGAAGGGUCCGAAGCCCAACCUAACCCAGAGAAAACUGUAAUGGCGAACGCUACCUUGGAAGAUGUUCCCUCCGUCGAUCUCAUGACCGAGCUACUUCGUCGGCUCAAGUGUUCCUCCAAACCUGACAAGCGUCUUAUUCUCGUUGGCCCACCUGGAUCUGGAAAAGGCACCCAGUCGCCAAUUAUUAAGGAUGAGUACUGCUUAUGCCACUUAGCUACUGGUGAUAUGUUGAGAGCUGCUGUCGUAGCUAAGACCCCUCUUGGUAUUAAGGCGAAAGAAGCUAUGGAAAAGGGAGAACUUGUUUCUGAUGACUUGGUUGUUGGAAUUAUUGAUGAAGCAAUUAAGAAACCAUCGUGUCAGAAAGGUUUCAUUCUUGAUGGUUUUCCAAGAACUGUGGUCCAAGCACAGAAGCUUGAUGAGACGCUGGAAAAACAAGGUACCAAAAUUGACAAAGUGCUCAAUUUCGCAAUUGAUGACGCAAUCCUUGAGGAAAGAAUUACUGGACGCUGGAUACACCCUCCCAGUGGCAGAACCUACCAUACAAAGUUUGCUCCUCCCAAGGCUCCUGGUGUUGAUGAUGUUACUGGUCAACCUCUUAUUCAGCGCAAGGAUGACACUGCAGCUGUUCUUAAGUCAAGACUUGAGGCAUUUCACAAGCAAACUGAACCGGUUAUUGAUUACUAUUCAAAGAAGGGCAUUGUUGCUAGUCUCCAUGCUGAAAAGCCUCCCAAAGAGGUGACUGUUGAGGUCGAAAAAGUGCUCUCUCAAUAGAGUUGGACCCUCGGGUUCGAACUGUUGUUGAUUUUUUAGGAAUUUAGUCUGCAAAUUUCUAGUAAUACAUUCUGAAAUUUACACACCCUUUCAACUUUGCUGCAAACGCCGGGUUUUUUCAAACUAAGAUUUGAAGAGUUAUUUAAAUAAAUUUUUAUUGAAUGUAGCACGUUUAAUUCUCAAUGAAUUGUCUAUUGACCAUUAUUCAGCUUUA